AGUGCUAGUCACAGGGACUUUUGCAAUGUGCAGGAUAUUUCGACUAAUAAAUCCCGCUCCGCUUGUGGUUCGAAUACGUUCUAGGAAAUGUUUCACCUAUUUAUACCGCGUUGUGAAGUUCGUCGGUUACGCACCACCAAAGCAGAAUGUACAGCGAUAUCUAUACCUGUUUUGGUCUUGUUUUGUGUUAAUUUUUUCGAGUUAUAUGUACCCAUUGGCCUUUCACUUAGCCUAGCUAAGAACUUUUCGGAUUUUACACCCGGUGAUUUUCUUAGCGUGCUCCAAAUUUUUUUUAACGCCAGCGGAGCUACUGCAAAGACAAUCGUGGUCUUAUUUUUGUUUUCGCGUCUGAGUCAAAUGGAGUCUGUACUUGACGCUAUGGACGAGAGACUGAGUUUUCUGCUUUGGGAUACAUAUCCUCUCAUAUUUCUUGUUAUGAUGCGAGCCCACAUCGAUGUGCUGAGGAACCGUAUUCGAAAUCUGCGCACUGAUCCACAUAAAACAGAGGCUGAAAACUAUGAUGAACUCGUCUGCUCCAUUAUGGACCAUAAGCUUAUUUUGAAAUGCUGUGAAAUUAUGCGUCCAGUUAUCUCGGGCAUCAUAUUUGUACAUUUUCAGCUAGUUGGCGUAGUUUUGGGAGUGACUAUGAUUAACAUUUUAUAUUUCUCGGAUUUCAUACAUGGAAUUUCAUCGAUUAUUUAUCUAACUGGCAUCUUAUUGGAAUCAUUUCCCUGCUGCUAUCUAAGCGAUUUACUUGCCGAAGAUAGCAAGCACUUAUCGAACCUUUUGGCUCAAUCCAACUGGAUCAGUGCUGAGCGUAAAUAUAAGUCCACUUUGAUUAUAUUUAUACAGCACGUGCAACGGCCUACAGAGUUUAUAGCCGGAGGAAUAUUUCCUAUCUCAAUGAACAGUAAUAUUAAGAUGGCCAAGUUUGCCUUCAGCGUUAUGACCAUAGUACAGCAAAUGAAUCUGGCUGAUCGACUAGAAUAGGCUCAGCUUUAAAUAUAGGCCAGAAACAUAAUGACAUAUGUCUAAUUUUCUGUUGCAGACAUUACAUAUGUCGGAAACGGUUGGAUCGGCCCACAAUAUCAUAUAGCUUCUAUAGAAACAACCUGUUGGGAAAACUGUUUUGUUUUUUCAGGAUAUUUAAGCCAUACUCGGAAUUAACUAAUUGCCCUGUGCUUCUAAGAUACGGGCAAAGCAUUAUGAGCAUUAUAAAAAGAUUCGGUCUGCAAGGGUAUUAAAUCGUCGGCAUGCCGAAUAUAUACCUUUUUUCUCGAUGUCACUUAUUUACUUUAUAAGCAGCAUAUAACGAAAUAUAAAGUUCAAAAUU